AUGACUCUUUCCCAGAGAACUUAUGUGGCAUUGAAAGAGAGGAAGAGAGAGAUAGGUUGGUCUGCUAAAGAAAGAAAAGGUCGUUGGUUAGAGGAAACAAUGUUGACAUCAUCAACACCUCCUCUUAAACUACUAACUCUCUUUGCCAUCAUAUCUAUGCUCCUCUUCCUCUCCUCGUACCCACGUUACAGGUACGAGGUUGAGAAAACCGCCAUGAAUCUCAAGCUCUUCUUAAUGUUACUCCCAAUUCUCUUUGUCUUCCUGCUGGUUGCUCUACAGUUUGUCCAUCGAGCUCUCUUCAGAUCCUCUUACUACGUUAGAGCAAACAAGUCUGCGUCGUCCCUUUUCGGAGAAGGCCACUUUCCAUGGGGAGUCUUGCUUAUGCUACUUCUUCUACUUUUAUUAGUCUCCAAACAAUCUUACUUUCACUCCUUAUGGUAUCCGAACUUAUGAUCUUUACCAUCGUUCCUUUAUUGUCCACAAAUAUAUAUAUUAUAUAUAUAGAUUGAUGUUUUGCUUCUUGUAACCCAUACAAUCUCUACUGUACAAGACAUUGUGUAUUUGUGUU